AUGUUAAAGGAUUUAAUGAAUCAAGAUCAACAAUCACCCGAAAAAUGUUCUGGCUGUGGCACGACGAUACGAGAUCGUUACUAUUUAUUAACUGGUGAUCAAGCAUUUCACAUCAGCUGUUUAAGAUGCUGUCGAUGUUCGCAGAAUUUAGACACUGAACUAAGUUGCUAUUCACGAGAUGGCUUGAUUUACUGCAAAGAAGACUACUAUAGAAUAUUCUCCAUUCGUCGAUGUGCAAGAUGUGGAGCUGGAAUAGGAUCGUCUGAUCUUGUGAUGAGAGCACGCGAUCUUAUUUUUCAUGUCAACUGCUUUUCAUGUGCGCUUUGUGGUUUACCUCUGUCAGCUGGUGAUACUGCAGGGAUAAGAGGUGGACGAGUGUUCUGUUGUGAACAUUAUGAAACCGAACUUCAAUUAGAAACAUCUAACAUUCCUUUACAACAAAUACCUUAUUACCCUCCGACAACAACCCAACAAAAAGGUCGUCCAAGAAAAAGAAAAACCGCCCUUCAAACCGACGAAACUGUUAUAACAAAUUCUGAUGGGAAUCCUGAACAUCAUUUGAGUCAGGACGGUGCACUUCGUCUUGAAUUGAUGAAUGCUUCGGAGUUGAAUCCAAAUAGCAUGGAAAUGUCGUCGUAUGACGGAAGUCAAUCACCUCGAUCGAGCGGUGCUAUGACACCAAACAGUCGAAAUAAAAGAAUGAGAACAUCGUUUAAACAUCACCAAUUGAGAACGAUGAAAUCUUAUUUUGCCAUAAAUCAAAAUCCCGAUGCAAAAGACCUCAAACAACUUGCACAAAAAACUGGACUUUCUAAAAGAGUUCUGCAGGUCUGGUUUCAAAAUGCUCGUGCAAAAUGGCGACGUAACGUCAUGCGCCAAGACGGCGGAAUCCAAAAUCCUAAUUGCCCACCAAAUAUUACCUCUUACACUUCUACCGAAAUCCACACACCAAACAGCAGUGAAUCUGAUGCAAUGACUCCUUCACAUUCACACGCUCUCGAAGAGAUGCACAACAUGAGUUGCAUGGAACUUUAUUAA